AUGUCCUGGCCUUUGAUUGGGGCCUACGCCCUGCUGGCUUUCGUGGCCAUCAUCGCACUGAAUGUCACCUAUCAAUUCCUGUUUCGCCUGCUGAACAAGACUAGGCCGCCUCUGGUCUUCCACUGGGUUCCCUUCAUCGGCAGCACAAUUCACUAUGGAAUGGAUCCGUACGGGUUCUUCUUUUCCUGUCGCGAGAAGUACGGCGACAUAUUUACCUUUAUUCUCCUAGGACGCCCUACCACCGUGUACCUGGGCACGCAGGGCAACGAAUUCAUCCUCAAUGGCAAGCUGAAAGACGUGAAUGCGGAGGAGGUGUACAGCCCCUUGACAACGCCGGUGUUCGGGUCGGACGUGGUUUAUGAUUGCCCCAAUUCAAAGCUCAUUGAACAGAAGAAAUUCAUCAAAUUUGGUCUCUCCCAGACGGCGCUGGAGGCCCACGUGCCGUUGAUUGAGAAGGAGGUCGAGGACUAUCUUGCCAUGUCUCCCAAUUUCCACGGAACAUCGGGGGAGGUGGAUAUCCCAGCGGCCAUGGCGGAGAUCACUAUAUUUACUGCAGGAAGCGCUUUGCAAGGAGAGGAAGUGCGGUCGAAACUCACGACAGAGUUUGCCGUCCUCUACCACGAUUUGGAUAAGGGGUUUACGCCGAUCAACUUCAUGUUACCCUGGGCCCCUCUCCCGCAUAAUAAGAAACGCGAUGCGGCCCAUGCUCGGAUGCGUGCGAUCUACAUUGAUAUUAUCAACAAGCGGCGCAAUGCCGGUGACAACGUCCCGGAAAAGUUAGAUAUGAUUGGAAACUUGAUGCAGUGCACCUACAAGAACGGACAGCCCUUGCCGGAUAAAGAGAUUGCCCACAUCAUGAUCACGCUGCUGAUGGCCGGCCAGCAUUCCUCAUCUUCCAUUAGUUCCUGGAUCAUGCUGCGCCUGGCCUCCCAGCCCGCGGUCGUCGAGGAACUCUACCAAGAGCAGCUGGCCAACCUCGAGCGCACAGGUCCCAACGGCAGUCUGGCUCCGCUACAAUACAAGGACUUCGACAACCUCCCGCUCCACCAGAACGUGAUCCGAGAGACCCUCCGUCUGAAUUCGUCCAUUCACUCCCUCAUGCGCAAAGUCAAGAACCCGCUCCCGGUUCCUGGCACGCCCUACGUGAUUCCUACCUCCCAUGUCUUGCUCUCCGCGCCCGGAGUCACAGCCCUGAGCGAUGAAUAUUUCCCCAAUGCCAUGGCAUGGGACCCACACCGGUGGGAAACACAGGCACCGAAGGAGAACGAUAAGGAUGACAUCGUCGACUACGGAUACGGCGCAAUGUCCAAGGGCACUUCCAGUCCAUAUCUCCCCUUUGGAGCGGGACGCCACCGCUGCAUCGGUGAGAAAUUUGCCUAUCUGAAUCUGGCGGUGAUUGUGGCCACGAUGGUGCGUCACCUGCGGUUUUCAAACCUGGAUGGACAGACAGGCGUACCUGCCACCGAUUAUUCAUCGCUUUUUUCGGGGCCGAUGAAGCCUGCACGAAUCCGCUGGGAACGUCGGGCUGCAAAAUCGGGAUAA